GACUUUUCCUUUCUUUUGUUUCCACAAUUUAUUUAUAGACAGAGCUUUCUUUUCUUGUGCCAUAAGUCAUAUAGUCUUCACGUGAAAGAGUCUAAUAAUGAUGAAUAUAUAGAUAUAAUAAUAAUGGUGAAUAAAUACUGAUUUUACAAGCACCUUCUGAGUUACUACUAUACAAAUUUAUUCUUAUUACUGAGUUUAACAAACACCUGCUACGUAUCAGAAACUAAUCAAGAGAUUAAGUCGUUGAUUUGUUAUUUGGUAAGGUAAGACCGAUUUUCGUGGAAAAUAAAACAAUUUUGUCUUAUUAAUAAUAAUAAAUAUUAUUAUUAUUAAGAUGAAAUAAAGCAGUAUAUAUAAACUGAAAAAAGAAACAAAAGGCUUGUUGUAUUGUAUCGAUUGAAGAGUGAGUGAGAGUUGUAUUCUAUCUGAGAUUGGAAAAGGAAAUUAGGGUUUAAAAUGGGAGGAUGUUUCUCAGACGUGAAAGGAGCGAAGGAAGCAGUUGGUGGUGUUAAUCAGAAAGCAACGAACAACAACAAUGACGCUGUUGAUUUCUUCUAUACAUCUCAGGGUUUUCAGCCAUUGUUCACCAGAAUCGAGUUAUCUUUCUCAGCAUCUGACUUACUUGAUAUGGACAUUACAUCAAAGAGUGAUCCUAUGCUUGUUGUAUAUGCAAAGAAAGGAGAUGGCAAAUUGGAAGAAUUAGGACGAACUGAAGUUAUAACCAAUUGCUUGAAUCCAGAAUGGAUAGAAAAAAUUAAUAUUGCAUUUCAUUUCGAGAUUGUGCAACCACUUCUAUUUCAUGUGUAUGACAUUGACACAACAUAUCAUGGCGUUUCCACUAAGGAAUCAUCAAAUUUGGAAUCAAAUUCUGAACCAAUUCUAGUGGAUCAAGAAAAAAUUAAACUUGACCAGUCCCACAAGCAAAUUAAAUUAUUUAAAUCAGAGACACUAAAACUGAAAGAUCAAGAUUUCAUUGGAGAAGCGAGUUGCAAUUUAUCAGAGAUAGUGACCAAACAAAACCGGAGCUUAACCUUAAAGCUUCAAGGCAAAAGAGAGAGUAUUGUUCAAAGAAAUCUAGGAACAGUUACCAUUCAUGCUGAGGAGACCGUUGCUUCAAGGAAUGUUGUUCAGAUUAGCUUCCGUUGUACUCGCUUGGAUAACAAAGACGUUUUUUCCAAAAGUGAUCCUUUUCUAAGGGUAUCAAGAUUGGUUGAAACCGGAGGUUCUAUUCCUAUUUGCAAGACUGAAGUCAUAGAUAACAAUUUAAAUCCAAAAUGGAAACCAAUUUCUCUUAAUUUCCAGCAAUUUGGAAGUAAAGAGACUCCAUUACUUAUUGAGUGUUUUGACUUCAAUAGGAAUGGCAAUCAUUCAUUUAUCGGUAAAAUGCAGAAGUCAAUUGCAGACCUUGAAAAGCUAUUUAAUGAGAGGAAAGGUGCAAAUUUUCUUGUGCCAUCGAAACGCCGUGGACAAGAUAAGAUUUUAAAGGGGCAACUCUUUGUGGAUCACUAUAUUGAAAGGGAACAAUUCAGCUUUAUUGAUUACAUAUCUAGUGGAUUUGAACUCAACUUCAUGGUUGCAAUAGACUUCACUGCUUCCAAUGGAAAUCCUCAACAGCCAGAUUCUUUGCAUUACAUCAAUGCAUCAGGUCGGCUAAACGCAUACCAAAAGGCUAUAAUGGAGGUUGGAGAAGUUAUUCAGUUCUACGAUUCUGAUAAGAUGUUUCCUGCUUGGGGAUUCGGAGGAACUGUACAAAGUGGUGCAGUAUCUCACUGUUUUAACCUGAAUGGAGGACCUCCAGGUAGCUCUGAGGUGGCAGGAGUUGAAGGCAUAAUGGAUGCUUAUUCUAGUGCUUUACACACAGUCAGACUAUCUGGACCAACUUUAUUCGGCCCGGUUAUCAACACGGCUGCACAGAUGGCUACAGAGUCCCUUUCAUCGUAUAACAGCACUAAAUACUAUGUAUUGCUUAUCAUAACGGACGGAAUUGUUACGGAUCUUCAAGAAUCAAUAAAUGCUGUGGUUAACGCAUCUGAUCUUCCUCUAUCGAUACUUAUAGUUGGCGUUGGAGGCGCUGAUUUCUCCGGCAUGGAGGUAUUGGAUGCUGAUAGUGGACCUCGUUUAAGAAGUUCUACUGGUCGUGUAGCGGCAAGAGAUAUAGUGCAGUUUGUUCCAAUGAGAGAAGUUCAAAGAGGACAAAUCUCUGUUGUGCAAGCUCUUUUGGAAGAAUUGCCUGAUCAGUUUUUGGGUUUCAUGAGGAGCAGAGAUAUCAAACCAAUCUCUUAAACAUCCAAAAUUCAUUAGAAUUUACAAUUAGGUCAUCAAGAUUUUUUCUAUAUUUAGAUAGUUGAUCCAUAAAAUACCUUAGAUUUUAAGAGGUACUUUUUGUGUUGGAUGAAGAUGAAACUUCAGGUCUCUACACAAUAUAUUUGCAUUUUUUUCAAAAUUAACUAUAGACAAAAAGAUAUGAAUCUCAAUAGAAAGUAGUUAGCAAUUAGUUUACAUUUAGUUAUUUAUUUUUCAAGUUGAUGUACCAUUCUAUGUUGAAAGUAAGAAUAUGCUUUACUUCAAUAAUGUUUCAAAUGCAUUACAUUUACAUGAUUAAGAGAACUUAGUUUGUUAUA